AUGUUCUGUCUCCGCAGCUGGCUCCCUCUGCUUUUCAUCCCGACCAACGCCUCCCCAAUUUUCAUAAUCUCCUUCGUCGCCCUCACCUACAUCAUCCACCGACCAUGCAUUUAUUGCUCGGCGCUUCUCCUCAUCCUCUUUAUAUCCUCCUGCCACUGGUCUGACCGGUGCAUCUUCGACCUCCGCAGCAACUGGUUUGCUCCGCGCUACAGCUCCGCGCCCGCCGACUACAGCUCCGUUUCAGGCAACGCCACCAUGGCGGCUCCUCUACCCGGUGACAGCCUCGCGAGCUUCGUCUUCGACACCUUCAACUCAACCGCCAAAGCUUUGGCCGGCGCAGCAAUGGAAAGCGCACAGCAACGGCUCGGCGUGGAAUCACGACCGGAAGAGUGGACGGGCGUGGGCCUGGAAUGGCUGCGGAGUCUCCUGGGGCGGCGCGAGUGGACGCUCCCUUGCGUGGACGUGAAAGUGCGGCUAUAA